GGCAAAAGGAUGUGUACUCAGCGCCAUCACCUUAGGCCGGAGCGAAUUAAAUCUGACUACUUCCUUUUAUAUGGCGGACGUUGUGUUCGCUUGAUGUGUUUGUGACUAGGGAAUAAGUAUAAGAAAACAUAAACAUGUCGCUAUCUACAGCGCGCCCCUUGGUAAGCGUGUAUGAUGAGAAAUCCGUUGAGGUUAAGGGCACAAAUAUUGCCUUGCCCGUGGUAUUUAAAGCCCCCAUUAGACCUGAUGUAGUCAACUUCGUACAUCAACAAAUUUCAAUGAACCAUCGUCAACCCUACUGUGUCAGUGACAAGGCUGGUCACCAAACUUCUGCCGAGUCCUGGGGUACCGGUCGUGCUGUCGCCCGUAUUCCUCGUGUACGUGGUGGCGGUACCCACCGUUCCGGCCAGGGUGCUUUCGGUAACAUGUGUCGCGGAGGUCGCAUGUUCGCUCCCACCAAGCCAUGGCGCCGUUGGCACCGUCGCGUCAACGUCAACCAAAGACGUUACGCUCUGGCCUCGGCCGUUGCCGCAUCCGGUGUGCCAGCCCUCGUCCUCAGCAAGGGCCAUGUCAUCGAUCAGGUGCCGGAACUUCCUCUGGUCGUCAGCGACAAGAUCCAGGAGCUGAGCAAGACCAAGCAUGCUGUUCAGUUCUUGAGGAGGAUCAAGGCCUGGGCUGAUAUCGAGAAGGUUUACAAGAGCCAGCGCUUCCGUGCCGGCAAAGGUAAGAUGCGUAACAGGAGACGCAUCCAACGUAAAGGACCCUUGAUUGUCUACCACCAAGAUCAAGGUUUGCGUCGCGCUUUCCGCAACAUCCCCGGCAUCGACCUCAUCAGCGUCAGCAAAUUGAACUUGUUGAAACUCGCCCCUGGUGGUCACGUUGGUCGUUUCGUCAUUUGGACCGAGUCUGCUUUCCAACGCUUGGACAAAUUGUUCGGAACCUGGAAGAAAUCUUCAUCUGAGAAGAAGGGUUACAACUUGCCACAACCCAAGAUGGCCAACACUGACUUGUCCAGAUUGUUGAAGGCUGAUGAAAUCAGACAGGUUCUCAGACCAGCUCAGAAGAAGAUUGUACGUCGUGUACGUCGUCUCAAUCCAAUCAGCAACACCAAGGCUAUGCUUCGUCUUAACCCAUACGCUGCUGUUCUUAAGCGUCAAGCUAUCUUGAGUGGUGAAAAGCGCAAAUUGGCCCGUGAAGAAGCCUUAGCCAAGAAGCGUGGAAUUCUUCUCCCAGACAACUCCACUGUAAUCAGGAGCAGGAAACUGCAAGAACGCAGAAGGGCUGCCAUCUUGAAAGACAAGAAGAGCAAGCCGAAGAAGCCUGCACAGAAAAAGGCCCCAGCAAAAAAGUAAUCGGGUGACAUGGUUGCGUACUAAUUAAGUUUUAUGCAUUGACUGUGGUAACCUGAAUAUUUGUAAUUAAAUAAAAAGUUAUAAAAAUUGA